UCCAGCUAUGGCAAGACUAUGCUUGGUGUUUCUCCUCCUCCUGAACAUCUCAGUCAAGACAAGCCACGGAUGCCUCUGUGACCGCUACCCGUGGAGCUCUUGGUCCAGCUGCUCAAAGACUUGCAACCAUGGAACGCAAAGCAGAUCACGGGCAAGAUACCAGGAUGAGUAUUAUGUUAAAAAUUCUUGUGAGACAUUUUGCUCAUGGAGAGAAUCUCGGGCAUGUAACCAGCACAUCUGCCCUACCAAUUGCCAGCUCAGUGACUGGGGCAACUGGUCAGAAUGUUCUCCGUGUGUUAAAAAGCAAUUCCGAGUCAGAACCCUACUGCAGCCAUCUCAGUUUGGAGGUCAAGCCUGUACAGAGCGCUUGGUAGAUUUCCGACAAUGCUUUCCAAGAAAACAGUGCAACAUAGAGGAAGUCAACUGUCGGAAUAAGUUCCAUUGUGAGAAUGGGCGCUGCGUGGACAGAAAACUAAAAUGUAAUGGAGAAAAUGACUGUGGAGACAAUUCGGAUGAAAGGAAUUGCCUGAGCAUAAAAAACGUGUGCAACAAACGAGCCAAGAGCCUACCCAGUGUGCAACUCAUGGGCCUCGGAUACCAUAUUAUGGAAGGAGAAAGCCGUGGAGAAGUCCUUGAUAAUUCUUUCAAUGGAGGGAAUUGUGUGCUGAUUAAGAGCGAAGACAGAAGGAGUACAUUUCGUGUGCCUGCAAAUCUUGAGUCCGUCGCAUUUCAGGUGAAAAACCAAGAAGACGAUGUGAAAACACAGUUCUACACGGACUUAACAUCCAUGAUACGUUCUCAUAGAAAAGCAACAUCUUCUGAAGGAACCAGGAGAUAUUCCUCAGGAAUACCGUAUUUUUGGGGCUCCAUAAAAAAUACAGUUUCUACAUCAUCUUCUGCCUUCCAGGAAGUCAUUAAAUCAUCUCAUGAAAUGAAUUCCAACUUUAUUAGGGUCCACAAGGUGAUUUCAGUUUCAAACUUCACAAUAAAACCGUCGGGUUUGCAGCUUUCUGGAGUGUUCUCACAGGCGCUCAACAGCCUGCCUCUGGAGUACAACUAUCCUCUCUACAGCCAGAUCUUUGAUGACUUUGGGACUCAUUAUUACACUUCCGGUUCUUUGGGAGGCAAAUAUGACCUUCUUUACCAGUAUAAUGAACAGCAGACCAAAAACUCAGGUUUAACAAAAGAUCAAAUGGAGCACUGUGUGCUAACAGAAACAAGGUCAUACGUGUUCUUCUUUGAGUCAGUGGACUAUCAUGAGACAUGUUCCAGGAACAAAAUGACGGAGCACUAUGAAGGUUCUAUGCUGAAGUCAUCUGAGCGGUCUAUUUCCCUGGUGAAAGGUGGACGGGCAGAGCAUGCUGCAGCCCUCGCUUGGGAGAAAAAAGGCUCUUUCCCAGGACAAAUGGUCUUUAACAACUGGCUGGAAUCGACCAAAGAAAACCCAGUGGUGGUUGAGUUUGAGGUGGCCCCCAUUUUGGAUCUGGUGAAGAACUUCCCUUGUGCUGUGACAAAGCGCAUUAAUCUCAAGAAAGCUUUUCAAGAAUAUAUGAGCCGAUACGACCCCUGUCAUUGUGCCCCAUGUCCCAACAACGGCCGGCCUGUGCUAUCCGGAACGGAGUGCCUCUGCGUGUGCCAGGCCGGCACUUAUGGCGAUAACUGUGAGAGACGAGCACCAGACCACACCUCAGUUGCCGUAGAUGGCUACUGGAGUUGCUGGUCUGCGUGGAGCUCAUGUGAUGCAUCAUUGAAGAGGCAGAGGAGACGGUUAUGUAACAACCCACCACCCAUGAAUGAAGGCAAGCCUUGUGAAGGCGAUGGAGAAGAGGAAGAAAGCUGUGAUGUCUCACUGUUUGCAGAUAAGGGGACCCCUUGUGUAAACGAUGAUGAAGGGGUCAGAGAGGCAGAUCUGUAUGAACCUGAAUCUGAAGACGGAUGCUUGGCUCCUAUUCCACCGGAAAAUGGAUUCAUCAGGAAUGAAAAAACAUACUAUUCUGUUGGAGAAGAAGCUGAAGUCAUUUGCCUGAGUAGCUAUAAUCUUGUAGGAUAUCCGUUUCUCAGGUGCCUGCCAGACAAAACCUGGAUUCAACAGACAUUAGAGUGCCAACCAUCGUCUUGCUCCAGACCAUCUGUCUCCACAGACAUUGAGAUCUCCCCAUUUAAAUUGCAGUACAGGAUUGGGGAGAUCAUCCAGCUGAACUGCCCAGAAGGUCAUGCUGUUGCCGGCCAAAAGAGCUACACCUGUGGGCACGAUCUCUCCUGGGUGCCUCCUAUUCUGGGAUCACUUACUUGCAAGAAACAUGUGCAGGUUCAGUCCGGAGGCAAUUGCAGGCUUGGGCAAAAAGAGGUGGCUUCGCAGUGCGUCUGUCUGUCCCCUGAGGAAGACUGCGAUCCUGGCAUGGAAGACUUCUGUGUACUGGAUGCAGCAUCAAAACAAGCCCUUACAAAAUCAAGCUGUCACUACUUGGCUGAAAGGUGCAGCGGUGAGGAACGCUUCCAUUUCCUGUAUUCUGGACCAUGCCACAAUAACACCAGCUUGAGCUGGGCCAUUGAGAGGGCAAAUCUUUCAACAACCAGCACCAAGAAGGAACCCUGCGGAUACGAUGUCUGUUAUGACUGGGAAAGUUGUUCAGAAACAGAAUCACGGUGUACCUGUUUGCUGCCAUACCAGUGCCCAAAAGAUGAGGGUCAGUCCUACUGCAUUCAGAUGAGAUCUGGGAGACGAAAGAGGACAUCUACCCUUUGUGCACUGGGGGCAAUGAAAUGUGCCAGAAUGGCAGUUGAGCUCUUACAUCCUGGGAAAUGUUUGCCUUAA